AUGAAUACAUUAUAUAUCUCCAUCAUAUUAUUAGUUACUCUAGUUACAUUUGGACAUACUCAAUCAUUGCCUCAGAGUGAAUAUAAUGGUCUGGUGGAAAUAGUGAAUCUAUUCAAACUUCAAUCGAUAUACCCAGAGCCAUCAGAUCAUGGUGCCAUAGUAUUUUGUGGAGUCAAUCCAAUUAUUAAUUGUGAUAGUGGAUUCAUCAAUUCAAUUACCUUGGAUGGAAAAGGUGUAACACAGGUCAACGACACAUUAUUCAAUAGUUUCUCCAAGUUGAAAACAAUUCAACUUACCAAUACACUUCUAUCAACCAACUUCUUGUCAACAGUGGCUAACUCCACUCGUCCGUUGGUUUCAUUAACAUGUAACAACUGUAGUAUAACUACAUUGGAUAGCACAACAAUAUAUGCCAAUAAGUUGAUACUACAAGAUAAUCCAAUCACUGGAACUAUAAUAUAUGAUUCAAUCAGCUUGGUCACUUAUUUGGACUUCACUGCCAUUGACCCAAAGAACUUGAAGGAUGUAUAUCUCGAGACAUCGAUGACCACCUUCCCAAACACAUUCAAUGGACAUCUAUCAAGCCUGGACUUUACAUCUUGUAACUCACUUAGUUUAUUGAAUAUACAACUUGGACCAAGCUUUGCAACAGCUGAUCUAUCAGUAUUGGCCAAAUGUAAACAGUUGGCACAUUGCAACAUUACAGACAAUCAUAAACAGGGUAUUAGAGCACUGAUGACAUUCCCAUUUGAGACAAUGCAAUCUGGAUCAAUGAGACUUAACUUGGAACAGCUUGAUCUUGUUGUACCAACUGCUCCAAUCAACAUGAGCAAGUACUCUCAAGUUACGAUCAAGAACAUGCCUGGAUUCAAUCUUAAUGGAGCACAAUGCCAUUCUCAUACUUCUCAUCUUUUGUUGGAAUCAUUAAACAUUAAUAAUAUAUCAAUGACAUCAUUUAACUUUUCAUUGCUGAAUGGUUUGUCAAAGACAAUCGUUAUCAACUUGGCCAAUAACCAGUUGACUGGUCCAUUGCCAACAAAUUUGGUUCAAUCCAAUGUAAGACUGGACAACAACAAGUUCACUGGAUCAGUACCCCUGGAAUAUUGUAGCAAAUCAGUAUCAUUCAAGAACAAUCAACUACAAGGUGAUCUACCAAGUUGCUUCACCUGUCAUCUUAAAGAUCCCCUGACCCUAUCCUACCUCACUGGCAAUCAAUUCCAAAACUUCCAAGACAACAUGCCUCCAUCAAACUAUCCCAAGUGCACGACAAUGAACAUCACAUCAGUAUCUACACUCACAUCCACCAUGCCUUUGGUGUUCAAUGGAACUGAUCUUGGCUUCAACAACUCAAACAUAUACUGUCCCAAGUACAACUUGGACUUCUUUAUUCAAGUCAAGUCUUCACAGUUCCUUCUCCCGAUUACACAGAUGAACGAAACAAUGUUGAACCUGUUUACAAAGGAUGGAUACAUUGAUAUAGCAUUCCAUGACUCUGAUACAAAGUUCCGUAUACGCUUCGAUGUUGGUAUAUCGAUCAACAAUGUGACAUACUUCAACUUGCCACAGUUAAGUUAUGAGUUCCAGAUACUAGGUGCAGGCUUUGGUCAAAACAUCUCCAAUGUAUUAGUACUCAUUGGUUCAUACAAUUGUAUAGUAUACUCUGCUAUGGAGUACUCACUAUCAUGUAACCUCUAUCAACUUGACCUGCCCAUCACCAACUACACCGUCACCGUCUAUGUCAACUCCACCCGAGGUCAAUUCCAAGCAACAUACUCCUAUGAGUACACCAGACCAACACCUUAUGUGACCGCCAUCAUCCCAUGCUCGGUAAAGGGAGGCGUAGUAACAUUGUUUGGAGGCUUUGGAACAGCUGAUACAAAGGAUACUAUUGUUGUUAUUGGUGACUUGACUUGCCAGGUCACAAUGGUCAACAGUAGCUUGCUGUUGUGUACCCUGCCAGAGGGUACACCAGGUGUCAAGAACAUUACAGUGACGAUCAAGAAUGUGGUCUGGAGCGGUCUAAGAUCAUUCAACUACUUGGAGAACACGCUGCCAUGUCCACUUGAUUGCAGCGGUCGCGGAUCCUGCAUACAAGGACACUGCUACUGCAAUGACUAUUGGGGCGGACCCAGUUGUCUCGACUUCCACAAUGGCACAAUACAGGUCGUGCCCAGCCCCAGCGGUACAACACUCACCAACACCAACAACAUCACAUUUGACUUCUCAAUCUACAAGGUGGUCGAGCGCGACAGCGAUGGCAAGCCAGUCAACACUUGGCUGAUCUCCAACUGGACGCUGGUCAACUCGACGGCCGACAUGUGGGUGUACAGCGCGUCGUACGACACUGCCACGUUCACAUACAGUGUCAGGCAGUUCAGCCAGUUGACCAACGUGUCGUUCGCCGGCAUCAACAUGGUGAUGGACCCCAACAGCAUCAAGCUGUCGGCAAAGAUGGAGAACUGGCGCUACCUUGGCAGGAUGAACACGUUGCAGGUCGUGAUCCGGUCGUCAGUCCACCUGGACGAGAAGAAGCAACAGGAGUGCGAGACGACACGUAUCAGCAGCGAUGCUGUGGACACUGGCUCACUCAACUAUCUGACAAUGGAGAGAUAUGGUGCAAUGCUGUAUGGCCGGUUCAUCGACCGCGUGCUCUCGGACGGCCGUCCAACAUUCUCCCAAGUUUCGAUACUCAAUCAAACAGACGAUGGCAUUGAGGUGGGCAUCAGUCUGCCUGUGUGUACCGUGUGCGAGCUGGAUCCAGACUUUAGUGUGUUGGUGAGCAGUCGGCCGCCCACAGCAUGUCCAGGCUCAUCAUCUGAACGUGCCUGGCUCAUACCAACCAUUGUGGUAGUAUCAGUUGUAGGAUCAAUAGCAGUCAUUGUCACAGUAGUACUUGUCACCAAGAGAAUGUUUAUCUUUUACUACUCCAAAGAUCAUGGAGUUGUGAUUCGUCUGAAAGCUCACAGGAGAUCAAAGAGUUAA